AUGGCUGAUUCGUCGCGUCGUUUGUGCCCCGGGGGAUUUUAUCUUUCGACUACCAGCCUCAUAUUUUGCACUUGGUCCUUCCUUUACGUCCUCUGCCUCUACUACUAUCAUUACGCCAGCCAUCGAGAUCCCACCUCUUAUUUUUUCGACCCCUCUCGUGCCUACGAGCGGCGAUAUUCGUCCAUCAGAAUCGCGGAGGCAGAGGAGUUUUUACGAGAUACUGGUAGCAUCAAUAAACUAAUAAGACCGCAAAACUGGACCCCUACGAUAUGUCUUGGAAUAGCAACUGUCGCUCGUAGGGGAGAGCAAUAUACGGGCUUAACAGUGGCCUCUCUCCUGGCCGGUCUUAGCGAAACAGAGAGGAAGAGCAUUUAUCUGAACAUUCUCAUCGGUAACACAGAUCCGUCAAAACAUCCGAUUUACUCAGAGAAGUGGCUUGGCACGUUGCCAGACCGCUUGCUGACGUACAAAGAAGAUGAUCCCGAUUUUGAGCGUAUAAAAGACUGGGAGAAAGGUGGAUGUUAUCGAAACAAAACGAUUUACGACUAUACCCAUUUGUUGAAGGACUGUUACGACACUGGCGCGGAUUACGUGGCGAUGAUUGAAGAUGAUACUCUGGCGGUGAAGGGCUGGCUCCCGUCCGCUCUACAGGCUCUCGAAGUUGUGGAAGAACGGAACGUGAAUAAGAAAUGGAUAUAUAUGCGACUCUUUUAUGUCGAUGAGCUUCUUGGAUGGAAUUCAGAAGAGUGGCCGGCAUACCUGGCCUGGUCAUUCAUGGUCUGGGCUCUGCUUACGGGGACAAUGGUUGCCUCCAAAACAGUAUUCAGGACCAAACUGAAGACUAUUCCAACCAACGCUAUUUUGAUCACAUCCUGCAUUUUCAUUCCCGCUGCCAUUGCGCUCCAUUUUAUGGCGGGAAGACAGACAAUGUGGCCCAUAACCCGUGGCGUCCAUGAAAUGAACAAAUAUGGAUGCUGCUCGCAGGGCCUCGUCUUUCCUCGUUCCAUCAUACCUGAGUUCCUUGGGCAGACGGACCUGACGACCGAUUGGCUGGUAGACAUGAUGGUGGAGAAGAUAGCGGAUCGUGAGGGCUGGACGCGCUGGGCAGUGAUCCCGUCCUUACUGCAGCAUAUUGGAGCUACUAGUUCCAAAGGAUAUGGAUUCGAUGACUCGGCGAAGACUCUUUGGAAUUUUAGAUUCGAAGAAUAUCCCUAUUAG